AUGAAGGCAUGGGAGGCAACAGUACGGAAGACACAAGCCGCGGCGAAGAAGCGAGCCAACACCAUAUUUGGAACCUCAUACGUAGUGGAUACUGAUGAAGACGCCUCUGAUCAAGAAGAGGAGCUCCACGCACCUGGGGAGGUCUUUCACGCAGAGAGAUUCCUCCCCAACGGGGAUUACUACACUGGCUAUUGGUCUGACACCUUUCCCCAUGGACAAGGAAAGUAUUGGUGGACUGAUGGCUGCAUGUACGUUGGGGAAUGGUUCAAGGGAAAGAAGAUGGGGAAGGGGACUUUUAGCUGGCCAUCAGGCGCCAUGUAUGAAGGGAAUUUUAAGAGCGGUUUUAUGGAUGGCGAUGGGAUUUAUACAGGGGCCAUUGGUGGCACCUAUAAGGGGUCUUGGGUGAUGAAUUUGAAGCAUGGUUUUGGAAUAAAGGAAUACCCAAAUGGGGAUGUGUAUGAGGGAGAAUGGAGCCGAGGAUCACAAGAGGGGCAUGGGAAGUAUAAUUGGAAAAUUGGGACUGCAUAUGUUGGAGAAUGGAAAAAUGGCAAGAUUUGUGGGCAUGGCAAAAUGAAGUGGCCUAAUGGAAAUGUGUAUGAGGGGUAUUGGGAGGAGGGACUGCCUAAGGGAAACGGGACAUUUAGAUGGGAGGAUGGGAGCUCGUAUGUGGGAAAUUGGAGUAGUGAUCCUGAGGAACAGAAUGGGACGUACUAUCCUUCAGCUGCACAUAAUGAAGGGGGUGAUGAUGCACUUGAGUGGGAUCCUCAACAACUUUUUAGUGAAGAUUUGAAGGAAUGCAAGGUAUGCCCCACUGAGAAGAUACCGAUGUGGCCUUCCCAAAAAAAGUUGGCUGUGUGGAGGUCCACAAAGGGUGGGGCGGAGCCGAGUGUGAGGCAUAGGAGGAUGUCUGUAGAUGGACGGAUAGAUUCUGGGGUGGAUCGAGAUUUAGGGGGGAUACGCUUGUCCGAUGGGGCUGCACCCUCGGCUUGGAUAUCGGGGGGAAUGAGGGAUGGCGAGGAAUCCUCAGCGAUGUAUCCCGUGCCUAUCAAGUUGCCCAAGAUUGCUAAGAGGCAAGGGGAGACCAUCUCUAAAGGGCAUAGAAAUUAUGACCUAAUGCUCAAUUUACAGCUUGGAAUUAGGCAUUCAGUGGGGAGACCAGGACCGCCUCCAUCGCUUGAUCUGAAGACGUCGGCCUUUGAUCCCAAGGAAAAGUUUUGGACAAAGUUCCCUCCAGAAGGUUCCAAGAUCACGCCACCACACAAUUCAUGUGAAUUUAAAUGGAAAGACUAUUGCCCUAAAGUGUUCAGAACACUGAGGAUGUUGUUCAAGGUGGAUCCAGCAGAUUACAUGUUGUCUAUUUGUGGCGAUGACGCUCUUCGGGAGUUGUCCUCGCCUGGUAAAAGUGGAAGCUUCUUCUACUUAACCAACGACGAUCGUUACAUGAUCAAGACAAUGAAGAAAGCAGAAGUAAAAGUGCUUUUAAGGAUGCUAAGUGCAUAUUACAACCACGUUCGUUCAUUUGAGAACACCCUUGUCACCAAAUACUUUGGUCUGCAUUGUGUAAGGCUAAAUGGCCAGAAGGUUCGUUUCAUCAUCAUGGGGAAUCUAUUCUGCACCGAGUAUCUGAUCCAUAAAAGAUAUGACCUGAAAGGUUCCACAUUUGGGAGAUUGACUGAUAAGCCAGAAUCAGAAAUUGACUCCAAUACAACACUCAAAGAUCUUGAUCUCAACUUUAUAUUUCGUCUACAAAAGACAUGGUAUCAAGAAUUUAGAAGACAAGUCGACAAAGACUGCGAGUUUCUUGAACAGGAAAGAAUCAUGGACUAUAGUCUCCUAGUUGGCAUUCACUUCACAGAGGCAUCAACAUCAACUGGUGAGCGCUCUGUCACGCCCUCUUAUCAGACGCAUAUUGAUAAUGGUGGUUCAGAAAGUGAUUCAAUUCCGAAAUUGUCGAAUGUAGAACAUAUGUUUUUAGACCCUGCAGGGUGGGGUAGCAUUAGAUUGGGGAUCAGUAUGCCUGCAAGAGUGGAAAGAACAGUCAGAAGUAAUGAGGCAGAGCUUCAGCUAAUCGGAGAGCCAACAGGAGAGUAUUAUGAUGUAGUACUAUUCUUUGGGAUCAUAGACAUUCUUCAAGACUACGACAUCACCAAGAAGCUGGAACACGCGUACAAAUCCAUCCAGUAUGACCCCAACUCCAUUUCCGCAGUUGAUCCCAAGCAAUAUGCAAGACGUUUUCGAGACUACAUGCUCAAAGCCUUUGCACAAGAUACAUGAAAGUACAUUGUUUUAUCUGAGCUUAAUGAAGUAGGUACAUAAAAUGUCAAGUUUCUUUAUUCUCUCUACAUAUAUAUUCUUUUCUAUCUAUAUGUAA